GUCUACUCCUGGUCGGGUCCUGGUUCAUUCCUUGCUGAAUUCUGCUUGAUGGAGAUGAAGGUGCAGGGUGUGGUUCUGCUGGCGCUGCUCUGUGCUGUGGCACAGGGAAAAAUCUUUGAAAGAUGUGAAUGGGCUCGUCUUCUAAAGAGCAGAGGGAUGCACAACUAUGAAGGAGUGAGCCUGGCAGACUGGGUGUGUCUGACUCAACACGAGUCUAACUACAACACCAGAGCCACAAACAGGAACACAGACGGCUCCACAGACUACGGCAUUUUCCAGAUCAACAGCAGAUGGUGGUGUAGAGAUGGAGGAGUGAACUCCUCCAACGGCUGUGGAAUCCAAUGCUCAGCUCUUCUCAGCGAUGACCCGUCUGUUGCCAUUGAAUGCGCCAAACGAGUCGUGCGGGACCCCAAUGGAGUCUCAGCCUGGGUGGCAUGGCAACGUUACUGUCAGGGCCGAGACCUGAGCUCGUACAUCGCUGGAUGUGGAGUUUAAAAGAACAUCAUAAUUUCUUCUUUCUGAUAGAACUUUGCUUGAUUUUUAACACCGAAUCAGUAAAGUUUUUUGUGAUUUCUUACUGUAAACCUGAGGCAAUAAAGAGUUUGAAGCAUU